AUGAGUAACCAAGCUGAGUCUUCCGACUCGAAAGGAGGGAAGAAGGAUUUCUCGACGGCUAUUUUGGAGAGAAAGAAGGCUGCGAAUCGGCUGAUUGUUGACGAGUCCGUUAACGAUGACAACUCCGUCGUCUCGCUCCACCCCGCUACCAUGGAGAAGCUCCAGCUUUUCCGCGGAGACACUAUUUUGAUUAAGGGGAAGAAAAGGAAGGAUACUGUGUGCAUUGCCCUGGCUGAUGAGACCUGUGAGGAGCCGAAGAUCAGAAUGAACAAGGUUGUCAGGACAAACUUGAGGGUUCGGCUUGGAGAUGUAGUGUCUGUGCACCAGUGCCCAGAUGUCAAAUACGGGAAGCGUGUACAUGUCCUGCCCCUGGAUGACACAAUAGAAGGUCUCACUGGGGAUCUGUUUGAUGUAUACCUGAAGCCUUACUUUCUGGAGGCAUAUCGCCCAUUGAGAAAAGGGGACCAUUUUCUCGUGAGAGGUGGGAUGAGGAGCGUUGAAUUUAAAGUCAUUGAAACUGAUCCUGGGGAGUACUGCGUUGUUGCCCCUGAUACCGAGAUCUUCUGUGAGGGGGAGCCUGUGAGGAGGGAGGAUGAGGAUAGGCUAGAUGAGGUUGGCUAUGAUGAUGUGGGUGGCGUCAGGAAACAAAUGGCUCAGAUUCGUGAAUUGGUGGAGUUGCCCCUGAGGCAUCCUCAGCUUUUCAAAUCCAUUGGUGUGAAACCACCCAAAGGAAUUUUGCUUUAUGGGCCUCCAGGUUCUGGAAAGACCUUGAUUGCUAGAGCUGUUGCUAAUGAAACAGGUGCUUUCUUCUUCUUGAUUAAUGGGCCCGAAAUUAUGUCCAAAUUGGCUGGGGAGAGUGAAAGCAAUCUUAGGAAGGCAUUUGAGGAGGCUGAGAAGAAUGCACCAUCAAUUAUUUUUAUCGAUGAACUUGAUUCAAUAGCACCUAAGCGAGAGAAGACACAUGGUGAAGUUGAAAGGAGGAUUGUUUCUCAACUCUUGACUCUCAUGGAUGGACUGAAAUCUCGUGCCCAUGUCAUUGUUAUGGGGGCGACUAAUCGUCCGAACAGCAUUGAUCCGGCUCUUAGAAGGUUUGGUAGGUUUGACAGGGAAAUAGACAUUGGUGUUCCUGAUGAAGUUGGACGCCUUGAAGUUCUUCGUAUUCACACUAAGAACAUGAAGCUUUCUGAUGAUGUUGAUUUAGAAAGAGUUGCAAAAGACACCCAUGGCUACGUUGGUGCUGACCUUGCAGCUCUCUGUACUGAAUCUGCACUCCAGUGCAUUAGAGAGAAAAUGGACGUCAUUGAUUUAGAAGAUGAUUCAAUUGAUGCUGAGAUACUGAACUCUAUGGCUGUUACAAAUGAGCACUUCCAGACUGCUCUUGGAAUAAGCAAUCCUUCUGCUUUGCGGGAAACUGUUGUUGAAGUGCCAAAUGUUUCUUGGGAAGAUAUUGGAGGGCUUGAAAAUGUCAAGAGGGAGCUUCAAGAGACUGUGCAAUAUCCUGUGGAACACCCAGAGAAAUUUGAGAAAUUUGGUAUGUCACCUUCAAAAGGUGUUCUUUUCUAUGGUCCUCCUGGAUGUGGUAAAACCCUACUGGCGAAGGCAAUUGCAAAUGAAUGUCAAGCCAAUUUCAUUAGUGUUAAAGGACCUGAAUUGCUUACCAUGUGGUUUGGAGAGAGUGAAGCUAAUGUUAGGGAAAUUUUUGACAAGGCUAGACAAUCUGCACCAUGUGUUCUAUUCUUUGAUGAGCUCGACUCUAUCGCUACUCAGAGGGGAAGCAGUGUUGGAGAUGCCGGUGGUGCUGCUGACCGGGUUCUCAACCAACUCCUGACUGAAAUGGAUGGCAUGAAUGCAAAAAAGACUGUUUUCAUUAUUGGAGCUACUAACAGACCUGACAUAAUUGACCCUGCACUUCUGCGUCCGGGCCGUCUUGAUCAGUUAAUUUAUAUUCCUCUCCCAGAUGAAGACUCACGUCAUCAGAUUUUCAAGGCCUGUCUCAGAAAAUCACCACUUUCCAAAGACGUCGAUCUGAGAGCUCUUGCUAAAUAUACUCAAGGAUUUAGUGGGGCAGAUAUUACAGAGAUAUGCCAACGGGCUUGUAAAUAUGCAAUAAGAGAGAACAUUGAGAAAGAUAUAGAAAGGGAGAGGAGGAGAAAGGAUAAUCCUGAUUCAAUGGACGAGGACAUUGAUGAUGAAGUGGCGGAGAUCAAGCCUGCGCAUUUUGAGGAGUCCAUGAAGUAUGCCCGUAGAAGUGUGAGCGAUGCUGAUAUACGCAAAUACCAGGCUUUUGCUCAGACCUUGCAGCAAUCUCGGGGAUUUGGAACAGAAUUCCGGUUUGCAGAGUCGGGAACUGGGGCUGCUGCAUCUGACCCGUUCGCAGCUUCUGCUGGUGGAGCUGAUGAAGAUGAUUUAUAUAGUUAG